GCAGGAAGUUAGUUCUCACUGAGCAUGCUCAGUUCCACCGUUGCAUGUCUGCCAGUUAAUGUUUAACUCAAGUGUUUGGGCUCAGAGUUUAGUCCUCGAGGAGCCUCAGACUCGUGCACAAUGAGUUCAGCAGCGGGCGGCUCGUCUCUGCAGGUCCACGCGGUCCGGUUCGGCCCGGGUCAGGAGCUGCUGGGAUCUCUGCAGGCGUUCGUGGAGGAGAGGCGCCUCCGAGCGCCGUUCAUCAUCACCUGCGUGGGCAGCGUCACCAAGGCAACGCUCCGGCUUGCCAACGCAACGGCAGCAAAUACAAAUGAGGUGAUCCAGCUCAGCGGGCGGUUCGAGAUCGUCUCCCUGGUGGGCACUCUGAACCGGGACGCCCACGUCCACAUCUGCCUGUCGGACGCCGAGGGCAAGACGGUCGGGGGUCACGUGAUGGGAGACCUGGAGGUGUUCACCACGGCAGAGGUGGUCAUCGGCGAGGCGGUCGGCCUGCACUUCACCAGAGACAUGGACGAACAGACGGGCUACCCCGAGCUCGUGGUUCAACCGCGAAAAUCUGAAAGCUGAAGGAAUAAAAACAGGUUUACUAGAUACAGCUGCGGCCUUUUAUUAUGAAAAAUAUUACAUUACCCAUUGGUAACUCAAUUCAUGCAUGAUUUAAUGCAUGAACAAUAUGUUAGUUACUAUAGGGUCAAAAUAAAAAAAAAUGUCUUGCUUAUUUCAAUGCUUUUUUAUUUUAUGUUAUUUUACCUAAUUGUUGAGUUAGAAAAAGCUGAAAUUAUCAAUUAUUUUAACUAAUAGUUCAGAUCAGAGGAAGUUGAGUGGAUAAUCACAGACUGGUUUAUGUUUAAUGUUUUUUUUUCAAAUGCUAUAAAAUUCAA